UCCAUGAAUCUGAGUCAUCCUCACCUGAGUGAGACUGAGACUUUAACAUGGACCCCACAUCAAACCAUUGUAUAAAUGCCACGUCAAUCACCUAGCCCUUCUUCCUUUUUAAUUUCUUAAAUCACCAUCAGAUACAAAAACUCUCUCCUCUCUCUCUCUCUAAAACUGUGUCAUAUCGGAAAUAUUAGCUCUUUCUUAAUCCCCAUUUUAAUGAGAACACUUGGUUUAACCCAAAUUUUGCAUGAAAACUCAAAACAAAAACAAAAAACAAAAAAAUCACUCUAAUAAUUCCCCAAAAUCCCACCUUUCUCAUCGUCGUCAUCAUCAUUAUCUGAUUCCAUUAAGAUCUCACUGCUUUCACUUUCUCACUCACUAAAACAAAAUCCAAAAAAUAAUUUAAAAGAAAAACAGCAGAACAAUUCUUUUGCAAGAAAAUGAGGUGGGAAAGGCUCCAACAACAGCAACAGAGUAGUAAUAUUAAUAAUGGGCCAGGAAAGAGGUGGGGACAUACCUGUAAUUCUGUUAAAGGAGGAAGAUUUCUAUAUGUUUUUGGUGGAUAUGGUAAAGAUAACUGUCAAACUAACCAAGUUCAUGUCUUUGACACUGCUACGCAGACUUGGAGCCAACCAGUGAUAAAAGGUACACCACCCACUCCAAGGGACAGCCAUAGUUGUACUACCGUUGGCGACAGUCUGUACGUCUUUGGGGGUACGGAUGGGAUGAACCCGCUCAAGGAUCUGCAUAUUUUAGAUACUUUAUCACAUACAUGGAUAGCUCCAGCUGUGAGAGGGGAGGGACCAGAGGCGCGGGAGGGUCAUAGUGCAGCCCUUGUUGGUAAACGUCUCUUCAUAUUUGGUGGCUGCGGAAAAUCAUCAAAUAAUAAUGAUGAAGUAUAUUUCAAUGAUCUUUACAUAUUAAAUACAGAGACAUUUGUGUGGAAAAAAGCAGUAACAUCUGGUACCCCACCUUCUGCACGUGAUAGCCAUACUUGCUCAUCUUGGAAGAACAAAAUCAUUGUGAUUGGUGGUGAAGAUGGACAUGAUUAUUAUUUGUCUGAUGUGCACAUCCUAGAUGCAGAAACUCUUGUAUGGAAGGAGCUCAACGCAACAGGCCAGAAGUUGCCACCUCGAGCUGGUCAUUCCACUGUUUCUUUUGGCAAGAACUUAUUUGUUUUUGGGGGUUUUACAGAUGCACAAAAUCUGUAUGAUGACCUUUAUAUGCUUGAUGUUGAUACUGGGGUAUGGACAAAAAUAAUGACUGCCGGAAUUGGACCUUCUGCAAGAUUUUCUGUGGCUGGGGAUUGUUUGGAUCCACAGAUAGGCGGCGUACUUGUGUUCAUAGGUGGUUGCAAUAAGAGUCUUGAGGCACUGGACGAUAUGUAUUACUUGUAUACAGGACUUGCAAGAAUACGGGAUGAACUGCGGCUAGAAAAGCUUUCUUUGAGGAAGCAAUUGAAGCUAAAGUGCCAAGAACAAAAUCUUAAUUCUCCUGUACAUGAUAAAGCUCUGCUUAGAAUUGAUACGAGUUCUGACUUCCACCAUACUGUGCCAACUUAUGUCCAACCAAGCAGAGAGAAUUUGCGGUUGAAUCAAGUGCAGCUUCAUCAAGGGAAGAAGACCUUUCAAGCCAAAGUUACCGAAUGUUUCCCACAUGGAUAUACUAUUGAAACCAUUAUAGAUGGAAAGCCUCUACAUGGAAUUUUGUUUGCCAACAAGCCAAUCUCCUCCCCAAUGGCUAGUCAAAGUAAUUCUAGGAAAAGGGUCAGUGCAGAAAUUGGCCCUUUGUUGAAUAGUGACCACAACAACAAAUCAAAAACGUCCAAAGCCCUUAAGCAGGAUGGAGUAGAUCAUUUGCAACCAGACAAUGUUCAUGGAAAGGAAACCUUGAUGCAUGAAUCCAAACCAGAAGCUGAUGCAAAGAAUCUACCUUCUGAUGUUUCUCAGCUCUAUGAGGUCCCUUCAAACCUAGAACCAUCUGUAGCUCCUCUGAAUUUAAAUGAUGAUAUGAUAAGUGAUGCACCAAACUCUGAUACUGGAUUUGCAAAGGAGUUUUUUACCCCAGCCAAGGAAUCUAUCACUUUGUCUAUAAAGCAAGGUAAGGACCAUUCAGUUUGUGACCAGUUAGAGGUGGGAAAAUCUGACCAACCUAAACCAAAGUAUGACAGUUUUUGUUAGAUCAGAGAAUUGCAGACGUUUUACAAACGUUUUUAGAGUUUAUUGUGGGGGAUGGAAAUGAGUUAUGAUGAUCUCAGUUUCAUAUAUAUAUGACAUGGUAAAGCUAGAUGCUAACAGGGGCAUUAAGCUCUCAUGAUAGAUGGAUAGUUUUAUGCUUUUUUCAAGGAAAAAUCUCAAUCGGGUGAUGGAGCGAUGAAAAAUUGGAUUUGGAUUGUAUUAUACUUUCCAGUGCUCAAAAUGCUUAUAUUUGCUAUUUAGUGCUAAUUUAUGCUUUCGUGAAAUUUUAUUUUUGAUCUUCAGUAAGCUGCUUUAAAAUUAAAUCCUUGCAUGAUUUUGUGUCCAGUGAAUCUUAUAUAAGUUUUUUGAUCAUCAUAUGGGUGGUUUCUGUGGAGUUGAGCUAAUUGAAAUUUUGCAUCCAUUUGUAGGACUCGUUUUGCUGAGUUAUAUUUCUAGCUCUUAGUCUCUGUUUGUGGUUGGGGGGAAACAAAUUUGUGGGUCCUGUGUCCCAUUUUUCUGUUCCACCAUUUUCAUAACAUUGUGUGAUAUUGUAUUGCCUAUAAUCUAUCCACUUUAAGUAUAUACUAAGCAAUCAGGGAGGGAGAUUUGUUCCUAGUAUAUCCAUCUUUUAUGUGCUUGCUACUGGUUGCUGU